GGUAUCUUCCACUCGCCAGCUGAUCGGCCUCGACUCCCGGUGCGGUCCGUCGGACUGUACGCGGCCGUUAAUUUCUUGAAUUUUGUCUAAAUUACUUCGAAUUUAUAGUAGCGGCUGCUCGUGUCCUUAUCUUUCAGUUCUUACGCUGCAUUUUCACCUCGGGGAUUUCGUUGUAAAGCGUUUUUGAUCAAACGUCGAGCCGAGGAAUUCCCGUACAAGCACUAGGCCGCCAUUGGAUCCCCGGUGUUUCCUGCAGAAACCUGCCGCCUUCACAUCGCCGCCAUGGGGGACACAGGAAGCGAGCGCAGCAAGCCGCCUAGUAUUCCUCCCCGCUGCCCUUGUGGAUUUUGGGGGUAAGAUGAUUCAUUUUACACGUCCAGCAAAACCAUGAACCUUUGCUCCAAAUGUUUUGCUGACAUACAGAAGAAACAGCCAGACGAGGACUGCACUCCAGAGCCCGCCCCCAGCUCCAGCAAUAGCCAAUCAGCAGUCUUCUGCAAUGAGACGAGCAGCAGCAGUAGCCAAACCCUGUCCGCCAAGCCAGCCAGCUCUGAGGAGCCCUCGACAGAAGCCACGCCUCUUCCUGCACAGGACGAAGUCUCCAGUACAGACACAGCUCGCGGCACGCUAUCCACUCCUACAAAACGACCCUGCGACUCAGCCUCAGGUUCAGAGAGCGAGUCGUCCCCGGAGAAGCGUGUUCGUGUGGGAGAGGCCUCAUGUUCUGAAGAUUCUCCACGAGUUCCCAAGCAGAAGAACCGUCGGCGGUGCCAUCGCUGCCAAACCAAACUGGAGCUCGUACAACAGGAGCUGGGGUCCUGUCGCUGUGGUUAUGUGUUCUGCAUGUUGCACCGGUUGCCGGAGCAACACGACUGUAUGUUUGACCAUCUGGGCCGCGGCCGAGAGGAAGCUGUGCUGAAGAUGGUUAAACUGGACCGCAAGGUGGGCCGAACCUGCCAGCGCAUCGGAGAGGAGUGCUCUUGAACGCACACGCACGCACGCACACACACACACACACACAUACACGCAUCCAACGAUCACUCACCUGUUAGUGGCAUCUUUUUUCCUCCAACACAUCUCAGAGGACCCCUCACCCCUGCUUGACCUCUGACCCCUCAGUAGCCUUGUGCUCAUCACACACAGGCGACCCGCACAGCCUUAACGUUCUGUUUUCAGUCCCCUUCCACACCCAGUGCAUAUGCAGGUCAGUAGGUCAGACCAAUUUGGGCUCCCAAGCGGCCUGUACUUUGGAGAACUGCUCUUGUCUCAGAGGCUGCGAUCGACUCCAGGGGAAACGCAUCGAUCGAUCGAGACCUCUGGGAACUUCUUCUCCAUCACACGGACAGACGCUGACCGAGGGAACAGGGGGUGACCUGGAUCACACGAGUCACUCCGUCCCGGGAAAAAAGCCCGGCUCUGCCGCGACUCGACUCGAUUCUCUCGUCCGAUC